GAGGCCACAUUAACAGAUGUAAACACAGACAGGUGACGACACCCCCAGUCCCCCGCCAAGUGACUGGGGCCCACACACUCCACACCCCCUCACCAGUGACUUCUCACUAUCUUGCUUUGGCUGUGAUAUGCAGAAAACUUGACAUACAGUACAGUAUAUGGAGAGAAUGGUAACUUUACUGCACAAAAUGUGGAGAAGACGACAGUUAGACAAAACUGCUCGGUAGGCCGUGAUCCUCACUAUGGAGGACUCCCGUCUUGAAGUUGUUGAGGGAGAGGUAGAAUUCAUGAAGAGUGCAUAUAUUGAUGAAUUUCUCGACUUAAGAGAAAAAGAUGCAUGGAAAGUGUCUAGACCACCUGAAGUACAAAUUACCCUGGGCCCUCAUCACUCACAAGGAGGCACACUUCACACUCACGUCAAAGUGGUGUUGAAAAUAGAUACAACUGAAAGAUACCCAUAUGAGCCAGCUAUUGUGAUGAUAGAAUCAUACAAUGGCCUCGCUGCAAAGGAAGUGGAGGAACUUAAUUGUCAGCUUCUGAGAAAAGCUCAUGAAUUGGCUCAAGAUGGAACAGUUGUUAUGUUAGAACUUUGUCAGCAUACACAAAACUACCUCAGUGAACAUGCAAGACCGUAUACAGACAGUAUCUAUGAUGAGAUGGUUGCUGGACAGGAAUCUCGCAGGAAAGCAAAUGAACAAGCAAAGGAAGAAAUUCGAAGACAGAAAGAAAUACAAGAAGAAAAGCAGCGGACUAUCAUGCGAGAGGAACUUGCCAGAGUGAAAGAGGAAUUAAAAGAAGAAGAGAGGCAGAGACGAGGACAAAGGUUUCGACCAUCUUUCUUGUCCGAUCUUAACUGUGACAAGAUACCUGGUGCUGAAGUGUCAGAUUCUCCUAGGCGAGGGAAGAGUCGAUCGCUAUCUGAAUGCAGCACAGAAAGUGGAUCAGGAGAUUCAUUAGGAAGUACUGUUGUGCACUUCUCUCUUGCAGGAAAACAAGAACGUGUUGUUGUGGUGGUGGGGUGUAUAGGGGAGCGUAAAAAUCAAGGCUGCUGUAUACUAGAAACGCGAGAGAAAGGAUCAUCAGAGAGGAGUGUUAUCUAUCAGUGGCAUGUCAAACCUAAACGAACAGGAAGAAGAGGAAAUCACAUGAAAGUUGGACAAGAAAGUCAGUUUGAAGAUUUGAUAAGCAAAUUUUCUGCUUUAGAGAAGGAAAUGAGUUCAUUACUACGGUUCUCUCAUGAUAAUUUAGUUCAUUACCUGGGUAUGAAAGUCAUUCAUCGUCCAAAUGAAGGUAUCAUUGUGUCUGUUUUACAAGAGCAUGUACAGGGAAUUUCCUUGAAGUACUGGUUGGAUCGUAGCAUCCCCAUCCAUAUCCCUUUCAUGAAACACAUUAUAGAGGGAACGUUGCAGGCCCUUAGCUAUUUGCACCAGAACAAUGUUGUGCACAGAGACCUCCGAGACUCUUGUAUAUUCCUCGAUAUUCAGUCUCAAAAAAUUAGGGUAGCGGACUAUGGAGUGGGAAGAAGAAUAGUGGAAGUUGUGGUUGAAUUCAUAGACUCUGAAGUUCCAUCAGUCUACCCAUUAUCUCCAGGACGAGGCGGUAAGAAGAAUGAUAUUUAUCGGCUCGGUCUCAUCGUCCUCUCACUUUUCCUUGGUAAAAGAGUUGAGCAAAUUGUACCAACUUUACCAACCACUCUAAGUACAGAAUUACGAGAUUUCAUUCAGCGGUGUAUAGAAGUAAAUGAGCAAGACAGAUGGACAUCAGAGCGCCUUCUGACUCACUCAUUCUUGCACAGCUCACCGGGAGGAAGUGAGAAAUCUCCUGAUAAAGAACAAAUUGAUGAAGCUUCUCCUGGCAACAGUGAAUCACAAGCAGAGGAUGAGGAAGGAUGCUCUGGAACUGGGAUUGAAUUAUCCUCUAAGGUCUCACUCCAUCUGCCUGCUAGCCUUAAAGGACAUUCAAGAUUAAACCAAGAAUAUGUUGUCCUUGAAUGGUUAGGAAAAGGAGGAUUUGGCCAUGUUUUUAAGGUUCAAAACAAAGUUGAUGAUCGAACUUAUGCCUUGAAGAGGAUAAGACUUGAUCAGCAGAGUGAAGUUGUGAGAAGAAAGAUAACUCGGGAAGUGAAGCUUCUUUCUUCUCUCCAUCAUGACAAUGUUGUACGUUAUUACACUUCUUGGAUUGAUGAGAUUACACAGGAUGCAGAAGAUAGCACAAGUGUAGAGGAGGAUGAGGACACCAGCAGCUCAACAGCAUCCCUUGGCAUAGAAAUCACUGUUAGCUCAGAAGUUAGCCCCAGUGUUAGUGGAAGUUUCAAGGAGUUAAGCAAAAGACAGCAUGGACUGACAGAUGAACGAGGGGACUCUCAAUGGAGUAUUGUUUUUAACGAGGAUGUAAAUUGUACUGACUUCACACCUGCAGACUUUGAUGAAGAGAGUGAUGAAGAUGAUGAUGACUGGCUCAUGGGCAGCUUAAGGCCAUUGAUGAAGGAAGAGGAUGAAGACUCGGACAACAUUGAGUUUUAUCACUCACAGAAUUCACAAGACCAAACAGACAGUCUUAUUGACCACAUUGAUCGUGGACAGUCAGGGGCUUCGUCUACCAAACAGAAGAAGUUACAGUUCCUCUUUAUCCAGAUGCAGUUGUGUGAGAAGAACACUUUAAGGCAAGCAAUCAGUAGCGGCUUACAUCUAGAUGAUGACCGCGUGUGGCGAUUAUUUCAAGAGAUGGUUAAUGGUCUGCAUUACAUUCACUCACAGGGUCUUAUUCAUCGUGACCUUAAACCAGGAAAUAUAUUUAUUGACUCAGCUGAUCACGUUAAGAUUGGUGAUUUUGGUCUUGCAACAGCAGCUAUCAAAGCAAAGACAACAGGUGGGAUGAUCCCCAAGGUUGAUUUAGAGGAAAGUACUGCCUUGACGGGUCAGGUUGGUACUACAUUUUAUAUUGCCCCAGAGGUUACUAAAGCCACAGGGAAAGUGAGUUAUACAAAUAAAGUAGAUAUAUAUAGCCUUGGAGUUAUCUUCUUUGAAAUGAUAUACCCCCCACUCACUACUGGCAUGGAGAGAGUAAAAAUUCUCUCUGAUCUAAGGAAACCCCAAGUCAGGUUUCCUGAUGACUUACCUGAGAGAAAAAAUACCCAAUGUAUUGAGUUAAUAACCUGGCUACUUCAACAGGAUCCUCAGUUAAGACCGAGCACAAAUGAAAUCUUAAAAUCACCACUUUUGCCACCCCCUACAGCUGAAGAGCAGAAGUUUGUGGCAACAUUAGAAACACGGUUGCAAAAUGUCAGGUCAUCUGAAUACCAAGAUAUCCUUAACUUGGUAUUCAAGCCCUCAGCCAGGCUAGAAUUGGAAGCAACUUUUGAAGUGAAUCAGGAAAUUUCUUCAGACUAUUGGCAUUACUGGAACCGUGACUACUUGCAUUCACUCUUUGUAGCAAUAUUCAAAGCUCAUGGGGGAAUAUGGUUACCAACAUCUUUUUAUGUACCCAAAGGAUCCUUCUAUCAUGACAAAGACAAUUUGGUGUCACUUAUGGCACGUAAGGGGGAACUUGUGUCGGCUCAAUUUGAAUUGAGAUACCCUUUUGCCCGAUUUGUUGCCCGGAGUGAGAUAAAGUAUAUGAGAAGAUAUUGUAUUGACCGUGUUCAGAGAGCUUCUAAAGUAUCUGGAAUCCAACCAAAGGAGUCUUAUGAAUGUGCUUUUGACAUUGUCUCCUCAAAAAGAGAAUUGCCAGAGUCCUCAGCGAGAGUCAUGCUUGUUGCACAAGAUAUAAUACAACAAAUUAUUCAAAGGGGGAGUGAAAAUGUGUAUAUCCGUGUUGGCCACAUGGACUUAGUUAGUGCUAUUCUGAGUUACUGUGGAAUUGAGGAAGAACUGCACCCAAAAGUCAUCACAUUACUUAAGGAAUUGAAUACCAAGAGAAUGAAUGUUGAAACCUUUGUGGAUUAUUUCUGUGGGCUUGGAGCAAGCAAAUCUUCAGCAGAGUCACUCAAGGGAUUCCUCUAUAUGGAAGGACCACUUGAGGAUGUUGUUAUGAGUCUCCAAAGUAAAGGGUUAAGCUCACGCCGUAGGAAUCUUGUUGCGACUGUUAAACAAGUUCUGAGUGACCUCAUGGAGAUUAAGGACACAUCACUUUUAAUGGGUAUCAAGUUUGAUAUCAAAUUGCGCCCCUUGAUGGUAGCAGACCCUCACCUGUAUUGUGGAUUUAUGUGCCAGUUUUUGAUGGAGGUGCACAGGAAAAUGAAGGUCACUCAAGACCUUCUAGCUCAAGGGGGUUCAUAUGAACAACUGAUUCUUCAGCACAGGAGCAAACUGUUGUCAACAAAGAAGAGUGGAGAACUACUUGGUGCUGUGGGAGUGAGUCUCUUCUUGGAGAAAUUUGAUUGUUGCAUUAGGGAUGUGACCAAGCUGUCAGCAACUGGUCGUGCAGAUAUAUCCCAGGGUGUGGAUGGUCUUGGUUGUGGAGCUGGUAUGAUCAGUGUGAUGGUGUUUGGGAUAGGACCAAAGCAGCUGCAAGAACGUGUUGACAUAACCAGCAAAUUAAGAACAGCAAAAAUCACAGCUGAUCACUGCCACUGUUUGACUCAAAAAGAAGCAGAAACGGUACUGGAAGACUUGUGUGUGCCAAAUAUGGUGAUGUUAACCAACUCUGACAAAGCAGAUAUCAGAAUGUGCAAUGAUCCAUCGGGUCGGUCUCUGGAAAGGAAGGUGCCAUUGGAAAGAGUUGCAGAGUUUAUUUUAAAAAAUUUGGGAGUGACAGAAACAGUGGCACCAAACAGUUACUCAAGAUCCGACUCCAGGUCCACUGGAGUGAGCAGCCAGGAUGAGUAUCAGUUAAACAUCCAGUACAUAACAAAGAAACAGUCCAAGAGUAAAGAUGCUCCUAAGUUGGACUAUCAGAUCACUAAAGAUGUGCAGACGGCUUUAAAUUCUCGCUGGCCAAGCAUUGGUUCAAAUACAGCUGUGGAUGUUUGGGCAGUAGAACUUGACAAAAAGUCCCUGCUUG